GCAAGAAACACAACUGGUAAACAAUGCCACGUCCUAGGCAUAACAACUGGUUUGGUUUCAAAGAAAUCAGAGAUGAAAAAAAUAUAAUUAUUGCUGCUCGAUGCAAUACUUGUGGUGUGCGCCUUGCCAAAAAAAGUGCUGAUGGUUUGAGAUCUCACAGAAGAGUAUGCUUACUCCAGCAGGCACAGAUUGAUGCAGAAAAUGUUGAGUACUGUUCGAGCAAACAAGUUGCGCGAGAGCGCGACGAGGCAAGUACUCCUCUACCAAGUACAUCAAGUAAGUUUAAGAGAAAUAAAUCAACUGAAAGAAUCUCAACGAAUUAUUUGCCAAAUUGUCCAUGUCAAUCAAAGGAACCUCAAUUGCUGCCUUCACCAACAAAUAUGUCGAUACUCCACCAACCUGUUCAAAGUAAUACAGCAACGGGAGUUUCCACAGAUGAGAAACAUGUACAUUUAUUAAACUUCAUCCUGGCAAACAACAUGGAUCUAGAUAAAGUUCGAGCUCCGAGUAUUGUUAAUAUUUGUAAGGCAUUCGACGAAAAUUAUAUUUUACCGAAAACAGAUGAUUUUAAAGGUAAUAUAUUGAAAAAAUCUUUUGAGCAGGCGUACCUUUAUAACAAACAGAAAGAGCAUUGCAACGUUGUAGACGUUUUUACUGAUGUUAGUGAUUCUGGACUCCUAUUUUUAUCAGUUUUAAAUGCAUUGAAUGGCGAAUCCUCGUUUUUGUUGUUUUCACAUCAUGAGGAAGUAGAACAGGCUGAAAACAAACUUAUAAAUUUUUUGUAUGCGAGUAUAAGUAGAGCCAAAAAUGUAUUUGAUGUUAAUGUUAUCUACUUCAUUCACGAUGGCACUAUUCUCGUCCCAGAAUACUUUAAGUAUAAAAACUCUUCUUAUUGUACUUCCACACGUUUUAAUUAUGUGAUUGAUCGCUUGAGAAGAGUCGAAGUUAAUACUACUGUUUCAGCAACUCCUGUGUUGCAAGAAUUCUUAACCAUCAUAAAUAACUUACAAGAUACUUUAAAAUCAAAACGUUUAAAGCUUUCCGAUGCAGUUCAAGAACUUUUUCAGCUUAUUAAUAAUCAUCAUGUUUUCAUGGAUUCAACUUUUGGUAAUUGUUUUUUAGAUACUGCUCUUGAAACUAUCACUCCUUUAUAUUUGGCAUGCAAUUUUUUCUCCCCCAAGCAUCAUGGGAAAUAUUUUGAAAAUGAUAGACGUAUGUUUCGUGAAUUAAAUAAAUUUAUCAAUCGUACUGCUCCCACAGAUUCUUUUGAUGCUAUAGGCAUGUACAUUUGUAAGAACGAGCCAUUUUUGCGUUUUUAUGAAGAUGGUGUCGAUACUAAUUACGUUGAAUUUUGGACAAAAGCUAAACAAUUUUGCCCUAGUUUCAGUCAUUGGGCUGUAAAUCUUUCAAAUAUAGAAGCAAUUUCUCAAUCAGUUGACAAAAACGAAUUUAAGUGUUAA